CCAAAUGCUCCUUCGUUUCCAAGUGUUUCGCUAUCUAUUUCCUCUGUAGUACGAUCAACGAAGGGAAGGGAUUCAGACAAGGACAGGGUUGGACUGGAUUGGAUUGGACUGCUGAUGAAUGUUUAUCCAGCCCCAAGAAAGUGCAAAACGAGAGAUUCACUGAAAAAAGUGAAGGAACUUUUUCAUGGAACAUUCUAUGAUUUAUGAUGCAUUUUCCCUUGACGUACUUACCGUAAAGGAAGAACAAUAAAAAAUACCGAAAAUUUUAAGCCACUGCUUUACAUCCCUCCACACUGUCGCUUUUACAAAGAACUGUUCUGCUACCCAUGGUGUAACAUCUUGUUACGGCUCCUCCUCCGACAAUGAUUGACUUCUAACUUAUCUUUACCCCCCACCCUUUAUCUGCACCCAAUCAGUCUGGCGCAGGUUUAUCUUUAACUUAUCGCAUAAAUUAUGCGGUCAUUUACCGAUACGUAUAUAAUCGAAGGAAAAGAAUGCAAAAAAAGACGACGCAAACGAAUCCGAUCCCUCGGUUCUAUACUUCAUGUAAACAAUCCGUAGCAGGUUUGUUAACAGAGUUAGUUGAACUGGACGGUUCCAAAGAUUAGAUAUCACACAAGCAAAUCUUAUCAAAUAAUCUCUUGAUCUUUGUGCCUAAUAUUUAAUGCAAGAAGCAUCUUUCCUUUUCUUGCUAACGCUUGUUGUCUUCAUUUGGUAGUCAAAGCGAAUUUUACAAGACUUCAAUCAUCGAUCACGUUUCUUUUUGUUCAUCCAUUUUAGCAUUUCUUUUAUUCAUGAUUAUUUAAUUUGGUUAUUAAACCUCCAAUUGCUUCAUUUGGUCUAAUUAUUUAUUUUUUUACGUCUUUUUUAUUUUUCUUUCGCAAAUUAAUAGACAAGCUACUUAUUUUGACAUCGAAACAUUGGUUUGUCUUAGUUCAGCCAAUUGCUUAUGUUUUGUUUUCUUUUUUCAUUCAAUUAGUCUUUUCAUCUCAUUUUCAACCUCGUUUGUUUGACUUAUCCUUCUAAUCCUUAUUUAUAUGUUCACGGUAUGAUGUGGAACUAUAAAAAUAGCAAACUCUCGGAUUUUGUCCAGCGCUGGAUCCUUCUGAAUGCAAAAUCCGAAAUGACCAUGUCUGAACGGUUUCUCAAUAACGAGGACCUCUACCCAGUAAAAAAACGUUUUCGGCUUUGGGAUUCAUGGAACUAUGUGGCAUUUUGGCUUGCAGAUGCCAUCAAUGUAAAUACUUGGAUGAUUGCAGGUACCGCGGUUACCAGUGGCCUUGCUUGGUGGGAAGCUUGGAUCACGGUUUGGGUCGGUUACACCUUAUCUGCUUUGAUUUUGGCUGCAGUAGGUCGUGCUGGCUCCGUUUACCACAUUUCUUUCCCCGUUUUAUCCCGUAGCUCCUUUGGCAUCUGGGGCUCUUUCUGGCCAAUCCUCAACCGUGCCGUCAUGGCAUGUAUCUGGUAUGGUGUCCAAGCUUGGAUUGGAGGUGAAUGCGUAACCCUUAUGAUUCGUUCCAUCUGGCCUUCCUUUUCUCAUAUUCCAGAUACAAUGAGUAAGAGUGGGACCAAAACUUAUCAAUGGUUAGGAUUUUUUAUUUUCUGGCUUAUCUCUAAUGUUGCGAUUUGGUUUCCCGUUCACCAACUUCGUCAUUUGUUUACCGUAAAAUCAUUUCUGGCUCCGCCUGCUGCCAUCGCCUUCCUCAUCUGGGCUCUAGUAAAAGCUCACGGAGCAGGUGAUGCUAUUCAUUCGCCUACUACUCUAAACAGAUGGGAUCAUGGUUGGGCUGUUGUUAGCGGUAUUGUCAGUUGCCUUAAUAAUUUUGCUACCCUAAUUGUGAAUAAUCCCGAUUUCACUCGCUUUGCUACAACUCCCAAUGCUCCUUUAUGGCCUCAAAUUAUUACCAUUCCCGUAGGUUUUGGUAUUACAACCUUAAUUGGUGUUUUGGUUGGCUCUGCUUCGAAAUCGAUAUAUGGUGAAAAUAUAUGGAAUCCGUUGGAUCUUCUAUCCAACUUUUUAAAUCAUUCAAAUGCCCAUGGUGUUCGAGCUGGCGUAUUUUUUAUUGCUACAGGACUGUGCCUUGCUCAGUUAGGUACGAACAUCGCCGCUAAUACCGUGUCUGCAGGAAAUGAUCUUUCUGCUUUGUUUCCUGCCGUCAUCAAUAUUCGGAGAGGAGCUUAUAUUGCAUCGAUUGUUGGCAUUGCCAUGUGUCCUUGGAAUUUACUUUCAAGUUCCAAUAGCUUUUCUUCUUCUUUGAGUGCUUAUGCCGUCUUUCUUUCGUCCUUUGCUGGAGUCAUGCUUGCUGAUUAUUAUGUUGUACGCAAAGGCUACCUAAAAGUUGGUUCCUUGUAUACCACCGAUGACAAAGGCCCCUACUGGUUUUUCCACGGCAUCUCUUUUCGUGGGUUUAUUUCCUAUAUAUGCGGUUUAGUAAUUAACGUUACCGGUUUGGCCGGUAGCGUAGGAGACAAGGUACCCCAGGCUGCUAUGACAAUGAGUAAGCUGGCUUACUUAAUUGGAAUCCUCGUUUCAUUCAUAGCCCAUGUUAUUAUUUGCACUGUUUUUCCUGUUACUGAGUGCGGCAGCAAGUACAUGGAUGAACAUUUUGAAGAGACCGACCACUACCUGCUUCAAAUGGAGACUCCUACGGAUAUUGAAGAAACAGAAGGAGUUCCUCUGUCAACAUUUGACACUGAAAAGUUCGAUUCAAAACUUAAGGCUGACCAUGUUCAUUCUUCAGAAUUAAAAGUAUAACGGUUUUUUUGGUCCAACUUUUUUAUUUAUAAGCUUAAUUAUUUUCGGAUCCGAUUUUACAGGUUUAUAGAUAGAGUAUAAUUAUCACUGCAUUUUUUAAAUUAUGAUUACAAUAAUUAGAAAAUAAUGUAAAAAGCUG